AUGAAAAGCAUUUAAGUAUGCACAACAUAAUAAACUAAGUCAAGAAUGCAAAUUUAAUCGAAUUUAGAACUGCCAUUACUAAAAGAGUUUAAAGAAGUAGAUUUUGUAAUUGAAACAAAGUAAUAUUAAAAAAUAGUUAACUAUUCAAGAAUUUUUUAAAGUGAUUAGUUAUUUGAAGUAAAUUUAAGUUAAAGUAAUUUUUAUUUUCUUUUGAAAAAUUAGACUUAAAGAAUGACACAAAGUUUACAACCGAGAAUGCUUUAAGGAAAUAUUAAUAUUUUAUACUCAAUGUGGUACAAAUUCUCGUGGUAGAGUGGUUAAAUCAUUAAUUUGCCCUCUUAUUACAUUUUACAUGAUUUCAAAAAUGUAAUCAAUUUAUCCCACAUUUGCCUCACAAACUAUAAGUAAAUCUUAAAUAAUUAUUUUUAGUGAACGUAUCAAAUAUUUAUCGAUAUACAAUGAAUACAAAGGCAGCCAAAACAAUAACUAGAGUUAAAACUAAAGUUUCAUAGCUAAAAAGAAGAAGCUUUAUGCUUUAAAUAGUAUUUAUCAUAUUGAUAUUGGAACUUCACUACAAAUUUACCCAACCUCAUAAUUCAAGUAAGUUUCUAUAGAAAUAAGAAGGUUGCUAACAAACUUGUUUCUGCAACAAUGACGUGUUACAUUCCCUCAAACUAUAGCAUAUCUUUUUCCCCAAAAACAUCCAAUCUUAUGGGCUAACGACUACAUUAGAAGGUAGCAUCUUCUAAUAACUUGUCAAAUUCUGUCUAAAAACUAAAAGAACGAAAAUUAAAUUACACUUUGGACGACGUUUAGGUAGCUCGCAUGAUUCCAAGGAUCAGAAUCCAUUCAAUUAAUAAAAUUUAAGAUAAGCAUUGUGGGGUAAUUUUUCACUUGUAUAACAUAAAUGUUUUGAUAUUGUUCAAGAAGAUAUCAUAAAGCUAAUUGUUUAUCCACAAAUUAUAUACCACAAUUUUUAAUUUCAAAAGCUAGGCUGAUUUUCCAAUUUCAUUAGUGUUCGAUUGUUAAAAUAGGAUUAAUAAAGUGCAUCUAGAAAUACAAAUACAGCAUAAAGAUAAAGAUAUUUUCACUUUAAACAAGAGAAUAUACACAUUUCUUAAUUAAUAUUUUGGAUGGAAGCAAAUUCUUAACCCACGGUUAGGUUUUAAUUGAAAGUAUAGAGGAACCCUGUUUAUAGGUUCAAAUCACAUUAUCCAUAUACUAGU